AGUCUCCUGGCAACCAUGUCAUCUCUGUGCAGAAAUACCUGUUUAUUUUUCAUCAGAACCAUUCCGGAUGCUCACCUGGUACAAAUUUUAAGACUUCUGGGUUCUGCGAUGCCUUGCAACAAGUCCGACAACCACUGAGCACAAACUUAGGUUGCAACAAGUGUCAAGACCAUCUGGAUCCAAGUCCCCAGACCUCCAAGAACACACUGUGAUUGAGCACUGAAGACGAUGGGGAACACAACUGAAGUCACUUUCUUCAUUUUGGCAGCUUAUGGGGAUCAUGGACAAAUUAAAUAUUUGUAUUUUAGCUGUUUACUUCUUUUGUAUAUCACAAUUUGUUUAGCAAACAUUAUGCUUAUCUCUUUGAUAUAUGUAGAUAGGAGCCUACAUGAGCCCAUGUACGUGUUUCUGUGUAGUUUAUUUAUGAAUGAAUUGCAUGGAAGCACUACCUUCUUUUCUGUGCUGUUAUUACAUAUUUUAGCAGACACUCAUGAAAUUGCCAUAGCUUACUGUAACGUGCAGAGUUUUUUCUUGCACGCAUAUGGGACAACAGAAAUGUAUAAUUUAGCUGUUAUGGCUUAUGACAGGUAUUUGUCCAUCUGCCAUCCAUUACAUUACAGCAGCAGGAUGAAUUCUUGCAAAAUGUACUCAUUAAUUGUGUUCACAUGGUCUUUUUCAUUCUUCAAAUUUGUAAUUCCUAUGUCCUUACGAUUACAGUUACCAUUGUGUGGGAAUAUCAUAGACAAACUGUAUUGUGCCAACUAUGCUUUGGUCAGACUUUCUUGCCAAAACAUAUUUCUAAAUAACAUUUUAGGAGUUUUCAGUUUAGUUUUGAGUGUUGCUGUCCCUUUGAUCCCCAUUUUAUUUUCCUAUGUAAACAUUGUAAGAAUCUCUUAUAAAUCACCCAAAGAGGCUCAGGUCAAAGCUUUAAACACUUGCAGUCCCCAAGUAAUAUCACUCCUGUACUUCUCGGUUUCUGGUUUUUUUGAAAUGGUGGAAACCCAGUUUGACUUGACAUAUGUUCCCCAACUUAUUCGUAACGUUUGUAUGGUGUACUUAUUUGCUUGUCCUCAAAUUCUUAAUCCAGUCAUGUAUGGAGUCAGGCUGACAAAAAUAAGGAAAGCUUUUAAAAAAAGGUUCUUUCCUAACAGCACUGAGUAAUUGAAACAAAAUAAAGGUUUAUAAACAUUAUUUUUCAGGCUUCCAAGUCAUAUGUUAUUUGAAACAAAC